AUGACUUUGUCCGCGGCUGCUCAUCGGGCACCUCUUUCGGAGGCCAUCUUCGCCAACCUGGCCACCAGAUUAACGGGUGAUGCCCAGCUGCUCCUGCUUUCGGACGUCAAGCCGGUGCCCCUGCGCAGCCGAUGGAGAUGGCGGCCUGCGGCUUCAGAUGGCGCUGGGCGGACAUCCAGGAUGGAGCGGCUCCUGGCGGCCACCAUCUCGUCGCCGGAGCCCAUGCUACCGGUGCAUAUCGCCAAGGGCGGCGAGAAGGAGCUGAUUGAUAAGCGGCAAAUCAUGUACGCCAUGGCAGCCGCGUUGCCAGUGUCUCUUCUGGCUUCAGCUGCGGGCGUCCACGUCUUCGCCGGCCGAGGGGCUUGGGUAGCCGGCGCGGGUGUCUGUGUGUGGACCAUUUUGAGUGCAGGAAUGGUGCUUAAUCAGUACGGGAAGCUCAACUGGGAGCUGCUGGCGGCCAGGCAUCUGAACCGGAGUAUCGUCAGAGCGGACGACAUCAUCACUGGAGAUGCUGAUUUGGCGGAGAGGGCCGGCAAAACGACGGGCAAAAGACCUAAGCUGAUGCGCAAGCGCGCUCCAUUCUCUUUGCGCGGAUCUCACUGGGGUCGCCGAGAUGUAGGGAUGAAUGAACAAGAAAACAGGGAUUACGCGUUGAUCUGUAUGGUGUCCUUGCUGGUUGUGCUAGCGAACCAAACUGUAGAUAUUACCGAUGGUGAGGGUGUGACGGUAUUGGUGCUUACCUGCAUCAUGGUGGUGGCUAUCUGGGUGUAUAUAGCCACGGAGAAUGACGAGGACAACGUUGCAAGGGUGCUCUGUUUUAUUAUGCUUGUGUUUUGUGCGGUGGCUACAAUUGCAAUCACAAGGUCUCCUCCUCCUCCUGCACAGCAUGAUGAUGUCGAUGCUUAUUCGAGCGACGACAUGGUGUAA